GCAUGGUACGAGACUAGGAAGACAGUGGAGAAGUACAGCGACGAGCUCGUCGACCAGUGGAACAAGGAGAUCGAUGGCCUCUUGACCUUUGACGGUCUGUUCUCCGCCGCUCUCACCGCAUUCAACACCAUUGCCUUCGCAAUGCUCCAGCCUCAACAAAGCGAUCAAACCAACGCGAUCCUGACCCAGGUCUCUGCCCAGCUG